AUGCCUUCUUAUCUUGUAACAGGAGUAUCGCGCGGCCUUGGCUUCGGUUUUAUCCAAGUACUCUCCAGCAACCCCGAUAAUACCAUUAUCGGCCUGGUCCGCAAUAAAGCCGCAACUGAGAAAAAGCUUGCUGAAGAGCUUGGUUCUCCUCAUAAUGUCUAUAUUCUCGAGGCUGACAUUACUGACUACCAUGCAUUAAAGGGCGCUGUCUCGUCUGUCUCGGAAAUCGCUGGAGGUUCUCUUGACUACGUCAUUGCAAAUGCAGGCCUCAUUACAUUGUGGUCUCAAUGGGAUGCUGUUGAUGUGCUAGCCAAGGACCCAGAACACCUUGUCAAUGAUCUCCAAGACUCAUUCAACGUCAACGUAAUUGGAAACUUCCACCUCUUCAACCUCCUCACCCCGCUUGUUCUCAAAGGGCAGGGCAAGAAGGUUAUCGCCAUUUCAUCCGGCAUGUCCGACAUUGAUUUCAUCCGUCAAUUUGAGAUCGAGCCAGCUCCUGCAUACGCCAUCAGCAAAGCAGGCACAAACGUUCUCACCGCCAAGUUCGCCGCUCGCUACGCCAAAGAAGGAGUUCUUUUCAUGAGCAUCUGUCCUGGAAGCGUCGAUAGUGGUUUUGAAGGAGAUUUGACUGAGGAGCAGAAAGAAAAGGUGGCGAAGCUCGGGAACAAGUUUGUCAAUUAUGCCCCGCACUUCACGGGCCCGAGCACCCCUGCAGACUCAGCCAAAGCUGUGUUGAGAGUUAUGAAUGAGGCAUCCUUGGAGAAAGGGAGUAGUGGGGCUCUUGUCUCAAAAUUUGGCAACAAGCAGUGGAUGUAG